CGCCAAACCAAACUAAAAUUAUUUACAAAAAAACAUUUUUGUAGGAGGAUGAGACGGACUAUAGAUUGCACUUUUAAAUAGACUGCAAUUACAGUAAAUUUUAAUUGAAAUGGUGUUUUUCCGCUCUUCCAUGUUACGAGUUUACUGCAGAUGAUGUUUAAUGUAGCUUAGCGGUAUAUCUCUCCCUAGCAGGAGAUGAUAUUCAAUCAACUCGUGUGGGGUAUAAUAUAUUCUAUCUGAUGCUCCACGACUGGAAAUCAAAUGUUAUGGUGUAUAUUACCAUGCAUGCAUGAAGGAAAGUAACAUCACGAAGGAGGGUAUCCUCGGUGUUAGUAACAUCACGAAAGAGGGUUACCUCGGUGUUAGUAACAUCACGAAGGAGGGUAUCCUCGGUGUUAGUGACAUCACGAAGGAGGGUAUCCUCGGUGUUAGCGACAUCACGAAGGAGGGUAUCCUCGGUGUUAGCGACAUCACGAAGGAGGGUAUCCUCGGUGUUAGCGACAUCACGAAGGAGGGUAUCCUCGGUGUUAGUAACAUCACGAAGGAGGGUAUCCUCGGUGUUAGUUGUAGGAUCUCUUCCUCACAUAAGUAUAUACACUACAGAGUCACAAGCCAAUUUAUAGUCAGUUCGCUAUUGAUGCCAACGGACAAACGUGCAGUUUGUUACGUCAUACAGUUGACCUAGUUACUAAUCAAACGACAUUGUAUGUUUGAUUGUCGUGUAAGCCAAUUCUCGUGUAUCUG